AUCUACGUUUAUUCGCCAUCGCCAUAGAAACGGUCAAUCGGAAAAGCGAGCGAGAACAACGUGCUACAUUUCUAUAUAAUAAUAAUAAUACCUAAUAAAGGAGCACGGUAACACCAUGGAGGAGCUGUUGGAUAACACGCUGGGAGUGAGGAUCUCUCCAUCCCUGGUUCAUUUUAUGGACGCUUUGGUAGGACAGAGUUACAGAGCCGCUCUCACAGUACAGAACAUCAGCCAUGUUGCCAAAUCCAUCAAAAUAUUAGAACCUGAAGAUCCACAAUUUUCACUUACAGUCAAAAAUCCAGAUAAAGCCAUUGCUUCGGGACUUCAAGUCACCGCAAUGGUAGAAUAUCGACCAAAAGAAAAGGAAGACAUUCGUGACAGGAUCCGCGUUUUGGUGGAUAAUGAUGUCAUUGAUAUCCCUUUGCUAGGGUUCACACCCUCUUGCUAUCUAGAGAUUGAUGAAGAAGUUAAUUUUGGGGCUCUAAUUGCAAACAACAAAGUGAUAUAUAAGGAUUUCCAUAUUAUGAAUCAUGGUACCUCUCCAGGGGUUUUCAAAAUAAAAUACAGCGGCCAUCUGCCCAUUACUAUUCUGCCAAGCAGUGGAACGGUGGAGCCUAAAGCAAUGCAGUCAGUUAGAGUGGAACUUUGUGCUGACAAACCAAGAACCAUUUCUGAGACAGCAAAGAUCAAACUCGAGGGCCGUGAUGAGAUCAUUUUGCAGAUCAAAGGAAGUAUUGUUAAUCAGAAUUUGGAGUUAUUGGAUUUGGCUGGUAAACAUUUAAAGUGUGUUCGCUUUGGACCGGUUUACUUUGGAACAUCAAAGACUCAUGAAGCAAUCAUUUAUAACAAUAGCCCAGAGCAACUCAAGUGGGUUUCUCUCCUAGAUGACAGUGCUGCUGGUUUAGAAAUGGGAACUGAUAUCCACUGUAGUACAGAUGCUGUUCUGGAAAACAUAGAUUACAUUGAUAUGACAAGAGAGACGGAUGUUUCUAGCUUGAUAUCGUGUUCGCCCAAUCAAGGAGUGUUGCGUCCGUAUGAGAAAAAAAUCAUCACGAUAUUUUUUAAACCAAAACAGGUUUGUGAAAACAUCAGAUCCGAUGACUUCCCACCUCAGCUGGACUAUGCGCUGUUUUUGAGAUUUGAACCAGGGGGACGUGAAUGUGAUCUGCUCCAAACACAACUUGAUAGCAGCCCUGGCAACAAAGGUAAAGACUUCAUAAAAAGGAAUGUGGAAUUGGCUAUAACAGGCUCUGCCGUCCCGGUGACAUUAACAUUCAGUCCAGGGCCAGUCUACAAUUUUAAGGAAUGCUUGAUUGGUGAACAGAUCGAUAUUCUGUGUUCACUAAAAAAUGAAUCUCCUUUCCUCCCUGUUGCGUUCAACUUUCGCAAGAUAUCCCAUUUUCAUAUCUCUCCGUUUAAAGGAAGCAUAGAACCUGGACAUGCUCAGGAUGUAAUGUUUUCAUUCUUACCGCAUCAAAUAGGGACCUUUAACGUGAAACAAGUAGUAGAUAUUUUGGGUCCUACAUCGGAAAAUAAUUCACUUCCUUUGAAAAUGAAAGCCUUUCAUCAGAAACGCCUUACUUUCACCGCUGUCUGCAAACCUGUAACCAACAAAAUUGUAAUGAGGGUCAACCCAGGAAUUACACCCUUGGUUUCCAAUGCCACCGGCCAGUUUGUCCAAGCUUCAGACAAGGACGCAGCAAUGUACACUGGAGCCACACGGAUUGCUACCAUGAAAGCAGCUAAUACACAUAUUCAUGAUCAUCACGUCAAAGGUGAUACAGACAAGGAGAUAUUGAUAGCAUAUCCCAAUGAUCGAGCUGCAAGCAUACGGCCCAGUGACCCUCAGACACAGUACAGGACAAUUUUCACAAAAGUGGAGAGAUACAGCUAUGUAGAUCCAGACUAUGCAUACACAGAAUUUGAAGAAAAUCAGAAGAAGACCCACAAGGAUUAUUAUGCUAAUUACAUUAAGAGCAGGAGACAGCAACGUUUGGAAAGAGAAAAAGAGAGGGAAUUUGAAGAUGCCAACAAUCCUGUAGACAUUGGGAUAACACCAGCUUCAGGUCUAUAUCCUCCAAGGAUCUCGGUUACAGGGAAUAUAAGUGAACCUCAAACACAUAAAACUGCUCCCAAAACGAAAGGACGUAUGUUGACAACAUGCCAGCUGGCUGAUGGAGAAUCUAUAUCCUUAACUAAAAAAAUUACUGAUGGUCUAAAUGCUAUUCCCUGUACUGCCGCUCAGAAAAAAGAUUGCAGUCUCAAGUUGACGCCUCAGCAGCUUCAUCACAUAGUGAUCGGACCUUCUACAGUAGAUUUUGGAGAUGUCUGUGUUGGUUCCUUAUCCACAAAAGAAAUUAACAUUAUUAACAGCUUGUCAACGUAUAUAUGGGUUCAAGUAGAAAUAGACUGCGAGGAGCUUCAGCAAACUUGUCCUUUGUCUCAUGUCGUACCACCCACGUCCAAAACAGCGAUCCCUGUUGUGUUUGAGACAAAUUCACUGGGGAAAUUUAAAAAGUCAAUUUCCUACACCGUGAACAACGAUCACACUGGUCAUAUAUUGAUCACUGCAAAAGCGGUUCCCGUCGCCCUUGAGCUUUCAACUCACGAACUGGUUCUAAGACCCAACUGCAACUUCUUAGCUGAAACAGGAUUUAGAUCUUCAGUAAGAUUGUAUAAUCACAGGAAUCACUUGGCUGAGUUUAGCUGGAAGCCGGUUAUAGCGGAAAAAGGAAUUGCUUUCUCCAUCCGUCCUGCCAGAGGUACCGUGGAAGCGCACAAAGACCUUGAAUGCGAAGUCGUAUGGCAUCCGGGAUUUAGUUCCCCAGACAUAGGUGAAUUCAAUCUAUGCGUCCAACAGGGAAAUACACAGAAGCUAAAAUGCAUUGCCGAGCUUGGAUCCACCAGUGUCCAGUUUACCGAACAAAGGGUGCUUUUUCAUCAAGCCCCACUUGGCCUUCCAUCCUGCAAGACAGCCAUUCUUCAAAAUACAGGAAUGAACCAUGCAUAUUUUCAGGUGAUAGAUGUGAGCCCAUUGCCUGGAAUGACGAUAACUCCGUCUCAGGGUAUCGUACCUGUGGGAGGACAUGUCACCCUUCGAAUAUUUUUCACUCCAAAGGCGAUCUUAAAAUUUGACACCAGAGUUGAGGUUUCUGUGCGUAAUACCAAACCAUUAGAAUUGAGAAUUGGAGGAUCGGUGGUGGCUCCUGUAAUAGACAUUUCAGUUAGCUCAUUCCUGUUUCCAGGUGUAUACGUCAACUCUACCCAAGGAAUACCAUUUUUACUUCAGAACAAAAGUGUAGCACGGGCAAAAGUCGAGUUUGACCUUUCAAAAUAUCAAGACUUCUCCAUGAGUUUUAAAGAUGACUCAGUCAUUGAUGCUGACCGAGUAUAUCCUCAUCUGUAUGCUGUGGAGUUGAAUGGAAAGGAGAGCCUGCAGUGCACUUUGUAUUUUAAUCCCAAGGACGUGGCAGCAUAUGACUUUCAACUUCCAAUAAAUAUAAAUUUCACUGGAGACUUAUCUCAUGCUGACAGCUCAGUGCCGGUAUCUCCUACCCCCUCUGAAAAGCAUAUUGUAACUCCCAGGCCUCAAAUGGUGAAUGUCAUCUCCCCGGCAUGUAGAGUGAAUGCCACUGUUUUACGGCAGCUGAUCAGCUUUUCAAGCACCAAGUUUGAAUUUGAAGUGCCGUCUGGAAUUCUGGAUUUGGGUGUUGAGGAUGGGUCUUUGUGCUCAAAGAGAUUGGAGUUAACCAAUAUUUCAAAGGAAACUGUGACAUGGAAGCUUAAACUUGACAAAGUUGGAAAGGUCAUUGAAGAUGGAGUAUUUAGAUUCAGCAGACAUGCAGGCACACUUCAACCAGGGGAAGUUAACAUCAUCUCACUUGCAUUUUGUCCUUCUCAUCCAGGGAAUUACAUGGCAGAAAUACCAGUGAUAUUGAAUAAUAAUCCAGACAACCACUUCACACCUUUGCGUUUGUUUGGAAGCAUCAAAACGCCAAAGCUAAUUUUUGACCCACCACUCGUGAUUAUGACACCUGUCCCCCUGGAUGCAAAGACUCAAGCAACAGUUGAUAUCAUUCCUGUUGAUUUUUUCAGACCAUCUGAAUUAAAGGUUGAAAUUCCAGACGUAGAACUUGAAAACGGUGACCGGGUCAAGCUGUUUUCUUUACAUUUCCCGAAUGGACAAGCUGUGGUCAGCCCUGGGGGUAGCAGCAGCAACAGGCUUAUCUGUCAAAUCACCUUCAAGUCUCCAAGAUCGGUUUCUUGUUUCGUUGAACUAUUAUUCACCGAUGAAUACAACAAUCGGUUUUCACUUCCAGUUGCGGCAGUAGCUGAGAACUGUAUCCUAACUGUGUAUCCUCAUUUAGCUUACCAUAACACAGAUCAACAAGUCAUCUUGAGAAGUGGUCAUAAUUCUCAGUGCUCUGGAGAAGCAGUCCUGCAUCCUCGUCAUGUACCAGAAACACCUUCUAUGAGUACAUCUUCCAGUUCCCUUGGUGCCGCCACAAACUCAACAUAUGAAGCUUCACUUCUAGAUGACGAUAGCUACACGGAUAAUGAAAAACCACCAUUCCGGAGGACAAAGGAUAAGUUUGAGCUGUCAUUUUUCCCAGAAGAAGAUACAGAAGAAGGGAUAUUUUUCCAGAAAGUUUUAACUGCAGUUCAGAUGUGGUUCAGUCUCUUUGGGUGGGCUGCUGGAUGCAAUCCAAUUUCAAUUCCACACUCUUUAUGGAGUGGUGUGUGCAAAAUUCAAUUGUCGAAACCUGAAGGAAAAAUAACAAAAACAAUAAAUCUGGGCAAAGAGACAAAAACCAUUUAUGACAUGCUGUUCUACCUGAGCGGACAGAUGCUGCCUGGAAUUACUGCAAGCCAGUCAUUGCCCUCUGAUCCCACAGAGAGAGUUCUACAGCUUCACUGGCAACAUGCUACAUUGCUCACCUUCCUCAAAAGCCAAGGAGCAUUCCUUCCUCAUAUCCGGCCCGAGUUCUUGUUGGAACCACAGGACUAUAAAAGAUGGCUGCAAAUACAGAUCCAGCUUAAAGAAUUGCAGUAUCCUGAUAAGAAGACCAUUAAUCCCAGAGACUGGGAUCUACUUCAGAUCGACAGUAACACAUUUAUGUCCGUGAGUAAACGGUCAUGGACGGAUGUAUUGCUCCAGAUAUACAAGGUACUGAUCCUUUCUCCUCUACCUCUGAAGAAGAGCAGUAGUAACAUUAUAAGUGAAUCCAUGCCAAAAAUCAGUUCUGAGCCAUUAUCAAGCAACAUAUACUCAACUUCUGAAAGAAUCCUUCUUACUUGUCUUAAUGUACACUACGAAAAGAUGACAAAAAUAGUAUGGAAGAAUUGUGAAAAAGGUGGUAUACCAACAACAAGAUGGGUAAUAAACUUCGACAAAGAUCUGUUAGAUGGUCUUGUACUCUCUGCCCAGGUGGCAGCAUACUGUCCGUAUCUAAUACCAACUCACUUUGCCCGUAUGUACACCAACCCUAAGACUGCUGAAGAAUGCUUGCAUAAUUGCCUGAUUUUCGCCAAUGCUUUACGGACCAUCCACCUUGACAUCGACAUACAGGCGACUGACAUCUGUGAUCCAAACCCAAUUCUGAUGCUUAUGCUGUGCGUCUACUUGCAUGAAAAACUCCCUCUGUAUUUGCCUAAGAAAACAGUUUCAUUUGAUGGUGCUCUACAUGAGAAAAUCUCAAGACAGGUCCGUCUGAAAAACCCAAGCAGCAAACCUCUUGUGUACAAUGCAACAAUUGUAGGUCGAGAGUCAGCUGAUUUCUCUCUACCUAAAGGGAAUACAAUUACACUCGCCCCCAAGAGUCAGGUGGAUGUAACUCUGGAGUAUAGAGGUCGUUUCUUGCAGCCUACUGAAGCAACUCUGCUCCUGGUUUCAAGAUCUGCCAGUGGAGUUGGUGGAACCACCAUGUCUUUUGCACUUCAGUCACAAGUCACUAAAAUAGCACCCGCUGGUACGUGUAAGCAGGAAUCGCCAUGCUAUGAAUUGAACAAGAUUAGUUUAUCUGUCCAAAGCCCUUACAAAGCUCGUGGAAAGUUUAGAGUGAUUUUAGUGGAAUCCACGAGUUAUUUAUCAUCAUCCGAUCAUCUACAGGAAAUCAGUGAUCUAAUGCAAAGAAAAGUUUGCAGCGAUGGCUUCCCAGAAGAUCGUCUUUCCCAUGUGAUUUGCAAAACAAAUAAUGCGAAUACAACGCAUAACAAGGGUAAAUUGUAUUAUAUAAAAUCAGAAACAUUUUUGACAGAUGAUAAUAUCUUUGUUCAAUACCAAUCCAAUUUACUACACCAAUUUUUCUGUCCGGUGAGCUCUGUUUUCUUAGAGGAAGGAUUUCCUGCUUCUCUGCAGAUAAACUUUCUUCCAUUUGGCCUUGGAAACCGUUACUGCACUGUAAUUUUCAGCAAUGAACAGAUUGGAGACUUUAUAUAUAUCAUAGAAGCAACAGGUACCCCUCCUCUGCCUUCAGCUCUCAUUCCUGUGGAUAGUCCAAAUAUUUUGCAUCUCAGCAACAAUAUUUCAGGCUGCACAAAGCCGCAGAACAUAACAUACUUCAAAUGCAUUCAGACCAGCGUUCUUGAAGAAAAUCUGAAAAUACCAUUGGUUAAUGAGGGCAGAGAGAAAGCUCUAGCUACAGCGGCACAGAUGCAGAUGACUUCCUUGGAGUAUGAACGAAGGAAGAUAACAGGAACGCUGGAAAGCAGCAGUGUUCGGGCUGCUGUGGCAAUAUUAGGACAAAACAGAACAGAGGAUAAAUCAUUAUGCAGGUCUUCAUCCUUCUCAUCUCGCUCCAAAAAGAUGAAUCUGAUUGAUUAUGAUGUGAAAACAAGCAUGCCUGAGCACUUUGAGAUUCCCGAGAAAAUUGCAAUCCCAGUGUCAGCAAAAACUCAGCUUGCUACUAAACAGGUCUCUCUGGAAGGAGAUUAUCCAGUAAAGGAACAAGAAAAUGGAGUUCUUCUUCCAGUGAAAUUUGUCCCUGGAAAACCUGGCCGUUAUCCCUGCCAAGUAUUGCUGCAUUCUUACCAUGAUGUGAGGGUUUAUAUGAUUGAAUGUGUGGUUAACCCAACCAGUGCCGAAACUGAACUCGAAUUCAUUACUCCUGCGUGUGAAGCUGUCAUUCAAGAAAUACCGAUAAGUAACAUGACGCAACAAAAUUGGAAGCUGAAUGCUGUCUUGGAAGGAGAUGGGUUUUAUGGCCCACCUGUUCUGUUUAUACCAGCAGGAGAAAAAGGUCAAUAUUGCCUGAUGUUUAAGCCCAUUUCACAAUGUGUAUGCACGGGAAAACUAAUACUGAAAAAUGAAACAGAUGGCACAGAACAUAUAUUUGGCCUCAAAGGCAUUGGCCAAGAACCUUUGGCGCUGGAUCAUGUCAUUAUAGACUGCCAAGUGCGGCAAAUUACUCAGAAGGUCCUUAUGGUGCCCAAUUAUACUAACAACACACUGACAUUCAAGGUGACGUCAGAUCUUCCAAUUGUUGGAGGACCUCAAAGCAUUACUGUGAAACCUGGUACAUCAGCUCCCUACAGCAUGGAUGUAUCUCCAUGGAAACGGGGAUUAUUUCAAGGUGUAAUUUGGUUUGUUGUAGAAGAAGAAAACCAGCAGUUUCAACAUGGCAGCUUACCAGAACACAUAGAUGGCCAAGGCAGGAAAUCAUCACCAUACAGAGUAUGGUUUUCGGUGGAAAUAAACAGUAGGCCAGCUCCACCAGAAAGAACCAUUCAUGUGACUUGUGCUGUCUUGGAAACUGUUGGUAUAGAUGUUCCUAUAAGCAAUCCCAUGAACGAAAUCCUGCCUUUGCUUGUGUUGGUAAAUGGAGAUGGGCUUACAGGAGAUACUAGUUUUACUCUACAAAGAAGAGAAACCUUUCCUUACAAGAUAGAGUAUUCCCCAACAAGAACAGGGAUUACAUUUGGAAGUGUAAUCUUCCAGUCUGAUGUAUGUGGAGAAUUUUGGUAUGAAUUACAGUUAAAGUCAGAGAAACCACUUCCUACUACACUUCGCACCGUACCCUGUGAACUGGGAAAAUGGACGCGAGUAUAUAUUCCGCUGCAUAAUCCUACACAGGAUAUCUUGGAGUUACAAGCUGUCAAUAGCAAUCCUGAGAAUUUCUUAGUGGAAGUUGACCCAAACAAGCCUAUAUUGGUGCCACCGCAAACCACCAGUGAAGUGGCUGUAAAGUUUUGCCCAUCUGCCCUUGGCAAAGGAAAUCAUAGGGCAUCCGUAUCCUUUAAAAACCCGCAGGUGGAGGAAUGGGUAUUCCAUGUCAGUGGAGUAGGACUCAUACCCCAACCAAUGGAAUCAGUGAGCAUAUGUGCCAGUGUUGGAAACCUAUCCUCGAUAAUAAUUUCCUUCAGGAAUCCUACUGAUGAACAUGUCCUCAUUGAUGUGAUUCUAACGGAUCAAGAACAAACCAUGCAUCGUCUCAGUGCAUCUAUUCUGCGCCAUUCUAUCAAUAAACAGCCUGCAUUCUCUUUGCCUCUGAAACAAACUCAAGCUAUUGCUUUAGCUCCCAAGGAAAAAUUUGACAUCCCUGUGUUGUUUGCCCCAGACACAAUGAAGCUUUAUGAAGCUCUUGUUGUGGUACACAUGGUGAAAGCAGAUGGUGAGACCUGGGCUCAAGAUGACUUAGAGGAAUCAGUCACAGAGCUGAAAAGCAUAACCAGGACAGAGGAAGGGGCCAUUUCCGGGAUACGAUGGAUUUAUCCCGUUCAUGGGAUACCAGAAGCCUCACCUUCCAAAUCAUCACCAGCUGUUGUAUCCUGUCAAGCAAGAAGUCGGACUGAGGAGAGGAUAGAAGUGUUGUUAACUGGUGCUGUUCCAGGUCAGACUGCUAUGCCAGGAAAUAAAUCCUGCAUGAGACAAGGUGAAAUGUCCAACCAAAUACAGGAGGAAGUUCAAGUCGGCAAUGGUUUCCACACAGCGGAAGAAUUUUCAUAUGAAAUGAGGUAUGAUUCGGAAGAAGUGAAAUCCCAUCUGGAGUCUUCUGUGGCUAUUGAACUACUCGGGAAAGAACGGGAUGCACCAACUGGCAUUGUAACAUUAAUUUUCAACAUCAUUUUUGCACCCAACAAGACCAUGAGACACUCUGCCACAUUAGUGGUCCAGUGUGCCACAGGAGGAAUAUGGAAAUUCCCCAUAAAGCUGGUUGCCACAGAACCAGAUGUGGACGAUACCAUUCAUAUUGAAGCCAUCGGCCUUAACAAGGAAUCCGUUGUGGGCUUCAGGCUCACGAGUCAGACAAGGUUCCCGGAGCCUUUCAGUGCAUACUUCGUAGCAGGCAGUGACCUGGAGUUUUCAGUGUCUCCACAAACGGGAGAACUCCUUCCUCUUGGAACGACUGGGACCCUCAUAACCGUUGGAUUCAAGCCAACUAUGUAUAGCAAAAAGCACAAGGCAACACUAGUAGUACAGACAGCAGCCAUGCAAUGGACUUAUGAAAUUAUUGGCGUGGAUCCAAAAACCACACCUCGCACCAAUGUCUCCCCGAAAAUAUGCAGCAGGAAUAUUAAGCAACCCACAAGUGGAAAGCGGCGUAAUUAUAUACGUGAAAACCUGAAGCUUAUCACAACGUCAGUGUCCUCUCCUAUCAAAGGAGCCCCUUUGGUUUUAAGAACAAAGUAAAUACUUGUGAGAGGUCUGCAAUCUUUUUAUAAAUAAAAUCCAGACAAUGAUUAAUAAACACCGUCUGGCAUUGCUUAA